AUGAUUGCGGACACGAGUGAAGAGCCGGGUGACGUCCUGCAUACCGUCAACCUGAUCACACAAUGUCUGUGUAUCCCGAUUGUCACACUGUUCGUGGGCAUGCGGUUCUCCAUCCGCUUGUGGUAUCGACAGUUUGUGGGGAUUGAAGACUUCGGCCGAUAUGGUGGAGGAUAUCAUCAAGUCGAAGUGUCCGACAGCGACCUCACCCGGUUUAGGAAGUUCUGCUACAUCGCUACCGUGCUGUACUGCCCGAUGGCCCUCUUCGUCAAGAUCGCCCUGCUCUCGAUCAUCAUCCGCAUCUUCGCUCCCUACAGAACCAAGAUCAUCUUCAUCUAUGUCCUCCUCGGUUGUCUUUGCAUCUACUAUAUCAUCGCCGAGAUCGUCAAGAUCCGCAUUUGUGAUCCCGUUCCGGCGUACUGGGAGGGCACCCCGGGGGCCUCCUGCCUCGAUCAGCGCGCGGCGCUGAUUGCAGACUCGGUGAUCAGUGUGGUCAGUGAUCUGAUUAUCUUGAUUCUACCGCUGCCGUUGACCUGGUCGCUCCAAAUGUCGCGCAAUAAGAAGAUUCGCGUGAUGGGGAUCCUGUCCGCGGGAGGACUGGCCACGGGGUUCAGUAUAUAUCGGUUAGUGCUGGUGCUGCGCGACGGCAACACAAGUGACAUGACGAUCAUGUUCACCUGUGUGAUUCUGUCCGGGAACGCUGAAGGAGGCGUCGGGCUCAUCUGCGCCUGUCUCCCCACGCUCAACAUCCUGAUCAAGAAACUGCGCACAGUUGACUACAGCUCCAACAAGUGUUACGACCAGGAGCAGGACUCGACCAUGCAGCUGAGUCGCAUCAAGGGAAGUGGCGGCAAGAGGCUGUCGAAACGCGGCUCCAAGUCGAACGACACCUUCACCGAUGCGAACGAGUUUGGCUGCGACCAGAGCCAUUUGAUCACGUAUGCAGGCACAGUAGAUAUGGAUUCGCGCGAAGGAGAAAUGGUGAUUCAGAAGACAGUGGAUGUCUCGCAGACCGUGGAGGUGCUGGACGAGUCGGAUCAGGCGCAUCUGGGUCGGGCUCGGUAUUGA